UCUUUUUCUGUGGCGAUUCCGUUCACAUUGUUUAUACAUAGGCUUUCAAGGAUCCGUGGUGCCCCACAGUUUCCAAUUCUCUUCCCUUAUCAAAAGAUGGCAAUGAUCUUACCCGCUUUCGUGGGAAGAUACAUGAAGAAACUCGCAGAUUUCGUAGAGGGUGAGGUGUCAAUCAUGCUCGGAGUGAAGGAUGAGCUCCAGAAGCUUCAGAGAAGACUGGAAAGGAUGAGAGGUUUUCUUGAGCAAGCAGAGCGGAAGAGGCAUGAAGACACAAACAUCAGUAAUUGGGUGGGGGAGUUGAAAGAUAUCAUGUAUGAUGCGGAUGAUAUCAUCGACCUUUGUAUCAUCGAAGGCGGCAAAUUAUUGGAAAGCCAUCAGCCCGUUUCUGCGGUAUGCCAUCCCUUCCCUUUAUUUUCUUGCUUCGGUUGUAUGAAGUUCCGCUAUGAAAUUGGUGACAAAAUUAGAGAUCUUAAUAAGAGGCUGAAAGAGAUUGCAGAGGAUAGAUCAAUAUUGCCUAAACUAGAAAACCCUAACCAAGAUGUCCAAGAGAGCGGGGUGAAUCCUCGUAGGACUUUUCCCAUUGAGGACAGUUCUGAUAUCGUAGGGACACAAAUUGCAGAGGCUACCCAGAGUCUUGUGGAAUCGUUAGUCCAAGGAGACAAAAAAAAAUUCUGGAUUUUGGGGAUUGUUGGGAUGGGUGGAAUCGGCAAAACUACUCUUGCUUCUAUUAUAUACAAUGAUGAAAGAAUAAAAGAAAACUUUUCUAUACGAGUAUGGGUGUGUGUUUCCAAGAAUUUUUCAGAGGCAAAGUUGCUGCAAGAGAUAAUUAGAAGCGCAGGUGGAAACUAUGGGCAGGCUGAGACGAAGGCUGAACUCAUACCCAUUCUUUCCCGUGUCCUUUCUAGAAGGUUCAUUGUUGUAUUAGAUGAUAUAUGGGAAGCAAAAGUAUGGGAGGAUCUGCUCAGAUAUCCUUUGGAAAGUGCAGCGGCUGAUGGUAGGAUUGUGAUCACCAGUCGAGACAUAAAUGUGGCUAAGAAUAUGAGAGCACGUGUCCACCAUGUUGACAAAAUGGAUAGCAAUGAAGGCUGGCAAUUGUUCUGCAAGAAAGUCUUUAGAGAUGACGAGAAGGAAGAGAUCAUCAAUUUAAAAGAAAUUGGGAUGAAAAUUGUUGACAAAUGUGAUGGUCUUCCUCUUGCAAUCAAGACCAUUGCAGGAGUUUACCAACUUCAGACAGAACUCCCAGGAGCCUUAUUUUUAAGCUAUGAAGAUUUAUCAUCUGAUCUUAAACAAUGUCUCCUUUUUUGCUCGUUAUAUCCUGAGAAUUUUUCGAUGACUUGUGAUCAACUUGUUCGGUUCUGGUUGGCUGAAGAUUUUGUAAAAUCACAAGGAGAUGUAUUGUUAGAAGAUUUAGCCGAAGAUUACUAUAAAGAGUUGAUUUGCAGAAAUCUUUUACAGCCAGAUUCUAAAUACGUAAGUCAGAGGGUGUGCACAAUGCACGAUCUGCUGCGUUCUCUUGCUCUGUUUUUGAUAGGAGAUGAGAGUACUUUUGUUGGUGAUGGAAAAACGUGCACCACAAACCCCUUGACCAAGCUUCGUCACUUGUCAAUUUCAAAUGUGGGAGAGAGGCUAGAAAUCCCUGAUGCAGUGAAAAAGCAGAAAUGCUUGAGGACUCUAAUAGCCUGGAACAGUCCCAAGACAAAGAUAGUUGAGCAUGAACUUGGAAGACUCGAGCAGCUACGAGUUUUGGACUUGACCGGUACAGGACUGGAGAGCCUUCCAGACUCGGUGGGAAACCUAUUACAUCUAAGGCACUUGAAUCUUGAUCGAACAAAUGUCAAAAAGUUACCAGAGUCUAUCAGACGCCUUCAAAAUCUGCAGAUCUUGAGUCUCUCGGGCUGUCAAUCCUUGCACAUGCUUCCCAAGACUAUCACAACUUUGUCCAAUUUAAGAUGCCUUCGCCUCUAUGAAACUCCGGUGAGCCAUCUCCCAAGAGGAAUAGGCAAACUGACACAUCUCAACAAUCUUGAAGGAUUUGUGGUCGGUGAUGAUGGAGGCAAGCAAGACCAGGGGUGCAAUUUGGAGGAGCUGCAAUCUCUGUCCCAGCUGAGAGCGCUGAAGAUAGUUAGGUUAGAAAGGUCACGAGCAGGAGUUUCAACGCUUCAAAACAGCUGCUUUCUUAGAAGAUUGUUUUUGAGGUGGCUGCCACCCGAAGCUGAGAACAAUCAGCCACGAUGUGGAGAGGAUGCAGUCCAAAAUGUGAACAAGAUAUGCAACGAUCUCUCUCCUCCAUCCAGCCUAGAAGAGCUUAGGUUGGAUAACUUCUUUGGUAGUGGGUUUCCGGGCUGGUUGAUGUCAUCCUCAUUGGGCGCCUGCUUUCCUCACCUGGCAUUCUUGGCCCUUAUUGAUUGUAAAUCAUGUCCGAAACUUCCUCCACUAGGCCUAUUGCCCCAGCUAAAAUUCCUUCGGAUUUCAGGGGCAGACGCAAUCGUAACGAUCGGACCCGAGCUUCUUGGUCGCCGUUCCUCAGCAAUAACUGCAUUUCCUAGGCUUGAAUUCUUGGUGCUCACACACAUGCGCAACUGGAAAGAAUGGUCAUUUGGCGUGGUGGAAGAGAUUGGCGAUGAAAUAAGAGGAGCCUCUAAGCUGCUGCCGCAUCUCAAGGCCCUGCAUCUACAGGACUGCCCCGAGCUAAUAGCUCUUCCAGAAGGUCUGGCGCAUGCCACCAACUUGCAGCGCUUGCAAAUUCUGGACGCCCACAACCUGAGAGAAAUCAAGAACCUCCCCUCCUUAACUGAUACGCUCCACAUCGAGAGAAACCUGAGGUUGGAAAGAGUAUCCAACUUUCCCUCGCUGAAAUCUUUGCAAAUACUGAAUUGUUCGAGGUUACAACACGUGGAGAAUCUUGCUAAGUUGCAAUUCCUGUGCCUGGAACAUCCUUCUACAGCACAGGGGACCUCAGAGAUAUCAGAGCAAGAAACGGAGUGCCUCGCAUCGCAGACGUUUCCAGUAAUCUUGAUCAACAAACAAAGCACCUCCCACAGUGGUUACCGAACCUACUCGGGCAGCAUCAAAAUGCUCCGACUGGGAUGCAGAAACUUAGAAUAUUUGGACUGAAAUGCAGCUCACCACUGUUUGAGAGCUUCCUUAAGGAUCCGCCAAAUUGGCCCAUCAUUCAGUGGAUCCCUGAGGUCUGGAUCCACCACAUAGGUGGUUCUUCAUGGAUACGGUAUACCAAGGGACCCCCUUCCACCGUUCAAACCAACGUGCAACCAAAAGAGUUGACGAGUGACCUCUCUUGAGCAAGAUACAAUUUCGUGCGGAUUUAGCAGUUGGGAUGGACGUGCUCAGUGUUUUUACCUUUUUUUCGUCAUGUAAACUUUGUAUUGGACUUGGAUAUCUACUCUGUACUUUCUGUUUCUGUGUUUUGAUGGUAUUAUAUCAUUAUCCUGAAUGUAACCUUAAGAAUUCAUAUGCAAUAAAUCAUGAUUUCAUUCA